AAAGCCCGGUCACAUAUAAAAGGCCCCCCUUGAUAAGCUUAGCCUCAUCCUUUGGCUGCUAGGGCUUGGCGCUGGGCGCGACGAUGUCGCAUUUUGGGCGAUCGGGGCCGCCGGACAUCCGCGAUACGUACUCGCUCCUCGUCCUCAACAUCACCUUCCGGACCAGCGCCGACGAUUUGUUUCCUUUGUUUGAUAGAUAUGGAAAAGUGGUUGAUAUUUUUAUCCCAAGAGACCGGAGAACCGGGGACUCGAGGGGAUUUGCUUUCGUUCGUUACAAGCACGCUGACGAAGCUCAAAAGGCAAUUGAGAGGCUUGAUGGUAAGAAUGUAGAUGGAAGAAAUAUUGUUGUCCAAUUUGCGAAAUACGGCAGGAACGAUGAGUCAAUCCACCGUGGAAAAAUAACUUCGUCCAGUCCAAUCUGGCGCAGCCGGUCCAGGAGCCGGAGUCCUCGGAGAGGAAGAAGGGAUUAUGACGACUACCGAGAGAGAGAUAGAGACCGAAGGCGUAGCCGUAGUCGCGAAAGAUACGAACGCGAGAGAUACCGCGGGCGUGACAGUAGAGAUUACCGGAGGCGGAGCUUUAGCCGCAGCCGAAGCCGCAGUAGAAGUAGAGGCCGUGGCCACGACUAUCCCCGAGACAAUCGUGACGGCGGCCGCGAUGGCCGCGAUGCUCGUGAUGGUCGUGAUGGCCGCGAGGGGCGAAGACGAUCCCGGAGUAAAUCACCCGAGAGGCAAGCGUCUCCAGUCAUUGAAAGGAGCCCGUCGCCUCAGCCUCGUCGUAGCGCUUCUCCAGCUCCCAGGAGCCCAUCGCCGGUGCGAAACUUGGGCCGUCGCAGCGUCUCUCCGAGAGCAAGUCCAUCGCCGGAUGCGAAAAGUCCCGUGAAUGGCCGCCAUUCUUCUCCUAAUUCAGAGCCUGAGGAAUCCUAAUAAGCGAGCGGUGGCAUGCGCCUUUGGAGUACCUUGUUAGAGCUAUCCGGGGGUGGACAGUCUUAGUAGUACUCAUGGAAGCUGUCCGAGGGACAUCUAGCUGAGUGGAGGUGGCACCUCAGCUGGUUCGUCUUUACGUUGCAUUUUUUUUUCUUCUUCUCUUGCUCUCUUUCUCACUCUUCUCUCUCGCUCUCUCCCUCUUUUCUUUCUUUCCAUCACUAUGAUGUAUGUUUCUCGCUUAUUGGUAUGGGAAGGCUGUUGUUGUAUGUUUGUCUUGCAUCUGUGGAGUGCUUUGCCUGUGUGCAGUCAUGCUAACGAAAUGCUUCUGUGCUUCGUCCACUUUUAGGGGGGUUUUGGUAGUGCUGAGUGGGGUCGUGCCAAAGUUGCUGCUGCUACUGCCGCUAUUGCCGCUGCUGCCGCUACUGCUGCCUCGGAAAAAAAAGGAAAAAACGACUCUAGGAGGAUCGCUGGUGCGCGUAAAAAUGGUGCCGUUGUUGGCGACGCUGUGUUCGUGACUGUUUGCUAAGCUGAUACCCCAGGGCAGUAAUGAUCUCCUUUUUUUUU